UCUCACUACAUUCCAACUUCCAAGCACACCACCUCCAAAUUUACACGCUUCUUCUACUUCUACGUGUACAAUUCCACCACCACUUCAAUCCUCCCGAUCCGUGUGAACUGUAUAUUCCUAAAUCUUUCCCCAUUACAAAACCUCAAAAAAAAUAUCACUUCAAUUCACCCACAAAAUCUUCAUAUUUCCCCCUACUACUAUUAUCACCAAUCUUCUACUCCCUCUAAAACAUACCUCAAUUCUUUAAUAUCCGAUAUGGGUCCGAUUGUCUUGACUCAGAUUGCGACGGGUCUGAGCGUGUUAGCCGGAGCUGCUCUCUUGAAAUCAGUGAUGGAUCGGAAUCCGAUGAUGGGUCCUGGUUCUGAUUCAGGUUCAGGUCAAAGGUGUUCAAGUUGCAACGGCACCGGUCGGGUUAGUUGCCUUUGUAAUCGGUGGUCCGACGGUGACCGUGGUUGUCGGACGUGCGCUGGUUCCGGCCGGAUGGCGUGUAAUAGUUGUGGCGGUUCUGGUACCGGUCGGCCUCUCCCUGUUCGGAUCUCGGUUCGUCCUCCAAACCAACCCUAUUAACCCGGUAACCUAUUUGGGUUUCUGUAAUUGUAAUAUAUUCAGUAAAUUUUUACUUCUUCUGAAUAUUUGAAAGAAAUUCAGAUUUGUAAUAUACUCCUCUAUUGAUUCAAUUACUCUCUAAUUACUCUUAUUGUUAUGUAUUGUAAGUUGAUUAUACUUCUUGAUGGAGUGUGAUUAAGAUGUUUCAUUCUGAUUACAUCUUGAUGAUUCUAUCAAUAUAUACAUACCAAUUCUAGA